ACAUGAUUUUCACGGGACGUUGUUGUUUACUUCCCGUUGUUGAGAUUUUUUUGUAAUCAGCUCCAUGCUGCAAGCAAAAUGGGGAGUUUUCAUGUUUGUCUCUUUGCAUUGACAGCUUUUUUUAUAGCAUUCGUGGAGCCUUUCAGUGAUUCGAGGCUUGAACUUGUCAAAAUUUCAAAUGAUGGAGAUACACAAGUCUCCAUUGUUCUCCAUAACAAAAAUGGACUCUGCCGCUGGACUGUGUACAAGAAGGCCUUGCUCGUGGAACCACAAAUUAGAUCAAGUAGCUGGCACAACUUACCUCUUCCAAAUGGCUUAACAGCGGAAUCAAGUCCAUCAGCAAUAUCAGUUUCUAAUGUUACAGCACUUGUAUUCAUACAAGCAUCAAAUGGUCAGGUCUACAUGUCAUCAGUGACAAAAGAAGAAGUCCCAAAAUUUGGUGGCUGGUUGAUGGUUGGUGGGACAAAGCUUGCAUUUAAUGAUGGUUCAAAGCUGAAUGGAAUGGACAAUGUUAAAGCAGCUUUUUAUGCAAAUAAGCCAUAUGUUAUAGCAAGGAGUCGUACUAACUCAUCUAAAUGCUACUGGACAUGCCUUGCUGAUAACAAAUGGUCGGGAUGGAGUCUUAUUGGUGGUGGAUCUGUUGCUCUUCUGACUGAUGUGUCAGUUGUCUACAAUUCAUUUUCUAAGUACCUGGAGGCAUUUGCUGUCAUGACAGAUGGUUAUAUGUACAGAACAUGGCAAACAGGCUUUUCUGACUGGCAUUCCUGGGACAAAACGGGCUACUAUGCUCCAAAAUCAGUUCAUGCACCAGUGGCUCAUGAAAUGGAUACAAAUAUGUUCAAUGGAAGAAUAAAUGUAUUUGUCCACGGUACAGAUGGAAAAAUGCACCAUAUUUGGCAGACAACUUGUGACAAUGUCCCAAACCCAUGGGGCUGGUGUACAUGGAGUACUUGGAAUACUAUUGGAGAGAGUGUUCCUCCUGCAAUGAACGUAGCUAACACUUUAAGCAUUGCAAACAACAUGCAUCUAGGUAUUGAGAUUUUUACAGUAGACAAAAGAGGAAAGUUGAACUAUAUGUGGCAAUCUGAACGACAUGGAAAAUGGCACAGUUGGAAAAUUGUCACAGAAACCCAGUCUGCUGCUCUUGCUACCAUUGCAACUGUUACAGAUGACAAGACAGGGUGGUGGAUUGCUUAUGGACUUGAUGCAUCAGACAAUGUUUUCUUUAUUCAAGAAAAGAGAUCUAUUGUUGUAUCCCCGACAAAGAUAGUUUCUGGUGAUGCUGUUGAUAUCAAAUGGUCGGUUCCCACUGAUCAAGCAACUCACAUGGAUUGGAUCGGUGUAUACCAGAAGGGUGUUGACAGUCAUGAGUAUGUGGACUAUUAUUAUGUUGGAGGAACCCAGAAUCCCUACAAAGACCCUGUACCAAACGGGGAACUAAAGUUCAGCUCAUACCUUCCUGCUGGUAUUUAUGAGUAUCGAUAUUUAGUGAAUAAGAGGUUUGUGCCCGCUGUACAGUCAUCACUAGAAGUGACCAAGGGACCAUCUGAUGUCAAGUGGGUGCAAGUGUUCAGAGGCCUCUUCACUGGUCUGCACUUAAAAAAUGUCAGCGUUGAGACUUGUGUCAAGGAUGCCGAGAAGACUGUUGACUAUUUUGAAAAGGCCUUCGCUGCAUUUGAAGACAGGGAGAUUUAUAAAGGACUUCAUCUGGUUGGGUAUGGUUUGUCAGGGGCAACUUUAGCCAUGAAAGAUUGCCACAUAGAUUCAGCUAUCAUUGCUGCGAUUGAAAAGUUUGUCAAGGAUUUGAUUUCCUGCAUUGAAGGCUCCUGUGUCCACUUUGCGAUUGAUGCCCUCAAAGAAGUCGUCAUCCUGUUUGAAAAUAUCUAUGAGAUAUAUGGAGAUAUUCGGGGUGCCUCGAAUUCCUUCAAAAUCAAAGCCUACGAACAGGGAGGAUGGAACGUUGGUCGUGUGGUCUAUUCCUGUGUUAAUCUACGAUAAGGAAGGUGCAUACUGUGUUGGACGUGCUGUCCAUGCAUGUACUAAUUUAAGACUAAUUUAAGACUAAAAUGAGAAUAAUACCCGCAAUUGAUGUACUGGAAUGUCGCGUCUGAUCAGUUUUGAACAAUCCAAUGAACUAAACAGAGGAAGUGGAAUCUGGACUAGUUAAGAGUUAAUGGUUGUUUGAGUGUAAUGUUAUGUGAUGUGUAUUAGCAGCCUAUUUUUCAAUAAAUAUACCAUAAUUUUCUUAAUGAUUUGCACUUGUUAUCUCUUCUGGCUUUUCUGCCUGGGUGACAGUAAUGCUUCAAGGGGUGUAGACAGGGCCGUCGCUAGCGGCAUCCCCCUAGAAAAUUCUUGUCGUCAAAUUUCCGAAAAGUAGAGUUUUGUCGGGUUUUGCUUUCAAAGUUCCCAGAACAAUAGCUUUAGCAAACAGUGGAGAUGAGAUGAGGAUAAGACCGAAAAAGUAUCACCCAAAAGCCCUCAGCAAUUUAAACUAGGCAUAGGCGUUUUUUGUGUAAGUUUGCUGUUACUGCGUAUGUUUAUGUAACUGUGCAUAUCUGUUUUAUAACUAACUAGAGGAUAAUUUACCAUAAUGCGUUCACAGUUCUUUUAUUUUAUGCCGUGGGAAAUUUAGCGUGUAUUAUAUUUACUCAAUUAUUUCUUUUUGAUUGUAUUCCCAAUACUAACAUCAGUUUGUUUGUUUAUUUUGAUUACCAUAGAUACGUUUACUAAUUGUAACAUAAGGAAGUGUUUAAACUAUUUUAUUUAGAUUGGUUGUGAGUUGUUGAAGUGUAGUAGCGAUUUUGAUUGAUGAAAUGUUAUGUUAUUUGAAA